AUGCGUUUCAACAAACAGGAGAUGAUCACAUUGGCACAACAACCGUCUAAUAAAUUUGAUAAAGAAGGGCUGUUAUUUGUACGCGAACGCCAAGAAGGGUUUUUCAGAAGAACUGAGAAGAGAGAUUCAAAGCGAAGCAAAAAACGGGAACGUCUAAGCGAUUUGAACUGUUAUGGCGGAUCACAUAAAGCUAAUUUUGAGCGUUGGUGUCGUUUAAGAGGAAAUCUGCUAUUUUAUCUUAAGUCUCAUGAUCAGCUAUCAGAUUUACUAGGUGUUAUUGUUCUACAAAAUUAUUCUGUACAAUUAGAUGAGUCUCCACCAGAAGGACCAUUUAGUUUUCAAAUAGUAUUUGAAAAUGGUAUUUGUCAACAAAUUGCUGCACAUACAGAGCCAGAAAGAGAUUCUUGGUUAGAAGCUAUAAAGCAAGCAAGCUACGAAAUCAUGCGGGCUAGACUGUUGGAUUUAAGGAGGCAAUUAGAAGUUAAACGAAAACCAGAUUUAGAUAUUAAUAUGUGGAGAUUACGUAAAAAUCAACCUAAACUAGAUCUAACAAAGGUACCAUUGUGCGAAAUAUGUUUUUCUUGUGAUAACCUGAUGUGUGAUGGGCAUGGGCGUUCUCCAAAUCCAGCAAUUGUUGUAUCGAUUUGUAUACCAAGUGAAAAUGUUUGGAUAAACUAUGCUAACACAGAAGUUAUUAUUGAUAAUAGUAAUCCAACAUUUUUGAGAACUAUAUGGUUACAAUGCAGUGAUGGAUUAACUGAGGAUUGUAUCCUUCGAGUAUCAGUCUAUGAUGUCCGAGAAUGUAUUUCUGGAACCGCUGUGAAAAUGGGACAUUGCGAAACAACACUUUGUUCGUUGUUAGAAACUACUCAUUCGGGAAACAAUGGGCAACGUGUUCGUUUACCCCUGUCAUCACCAAGUAUUAGAUCCGAUUUAGAUAAAAUUAUUGGUUUUGUGUCCAUGACAAUUUGUCGUCCAGACAAACAGAUUGGACAUAACAUGAGUACAGAGUCCACACCAUGCAAAUCAUUAAUGUAUAACAAUCAUAACUUUCCUAUGGUAAAUCAUCGAAGAACACAGUCAUUACCUCCAAGACUUGGAUCUAGAUUACGUGUUCCCUUACAGAACUAUCUGUAUUUAUUAUUUGAUAAUGUAUCGUUUGUUACUUAUCGUUUUCAUUCUGGUCUAAGGGGUGAUAUAUCUGUUUAUGAAAUAAUGGCUGAAAGCAAGUUAUGCUUUUAUUUACCACAACAAUUAUUAAACAUAUGGAUACUUGAAGAAAAAGAACUUUUGCAAGAAGUGUCAGGAAUGGGUGAAUUGUCUGAGCCAUGGCACUCAAAACAAGUAGAACUACUUGACCGACAUUUGCAACUAUUACAUUUGUAUUCUCAAGCCAAACAAAAUCUCGAAAAUCAGAAGGGAGUUCAUUUUAAACCAAGUUCCCGUAAAAACGAUCGUUCUUUAGAGUUUGCGCCAACGAACUUACACUUACAACGCAUUUGGGUUCAAAAUGAUACACUAAAAAAGAGUGGAUUUUAUGAUACAAUUACAGUUGGCGCAUUUACUGCACAUUCACAUAAAUCUAAAACUGGAGGAUUGAUAAAAUUAUUACAACAACUCAAAGAAGCACCACUUAAAACAAACGGCCAUGCCAUGGCCAGUAGUAAAAUUACUAUGGCGUUUGAUGCCAUUCAAGCCAUUAAACUUCUAAGACGAGAGGUAGUAGAUGCAAUGAAAAUUUUGUUAAAUUUAGCCAAAGACAAACAAACUGCAGGGAUGAUGCCAAUUUGUAAUGAUAUGAUAUCCAAAACUCGUAUUUUGCUAAGCCUCUGGGAUCCAAAACUUGUUGAAGAAGCUUUAAAUUUUAUUGAAGAACAUAAAGUGACGCCUGUCUUGUGUGAUGACAAUGAAUCCACUAAAAAUACUUCAAAUUAUCAUGUAUCGCCAUUUAAACGUAUAGCAAGCCAGAUAAAUUUUGAUCUACAAUCACCAGAUACUGAAGAUUUGUAUACUCCGGAAAGCCCAAAAUGUUUGAGGAAUUUUAUGAAGUUUGAUUCAAAGGAAAUCCAAGAGGAAAAUGACUUGAGCGGUAAUGAAGACCAACAACAGUUUAUUGUGUUUCCAGAAUCUAAGGGUGAAAUGGACAAUAAUCAAGAAGAUGCAAACCAUUUUUCUGGUUCAAAAGAAAAUUCACUACCUAAUGAAAGCGGCAAUGGUAUGAAAACAGGUCAAUUUUUGGAUACUUACUCAAUGUGUAAUUCACCGUCAGCCAACUAUUAUAAGCCAACUGAAGAACCAGAACCUUGGGAACUUACUCAAUUGAAUAUUGAAGCUAGUAUUAUGUGUCUUGUGAGCAAAGUUAAAUUUUUGUGUGGUCGUUGCAAUAGUCCAGCAGUAAGGUUGAGGUCUCAAAGAAGUCAUAGCUUUCGUUCAAAUUCAUCAAUAAAUCAAGCAACAAAUUGUCAUCAGCCUGUGAGCUUGGAUUCUAGAAUCACUCAAAUUUCCAAUAAUGAAGCACAAACAACAACUAAUAACAAUGCACCUUCUAGAAACAAGUUUACAGAAGGACUUGAUUUUAGUCUAAUGACCGAUUGGGGUUCUGAAUUAAAGCCAAGCAUGCGUAAACUUCGUCAAGCUAUGGAUGGGCUUUUAAAAACUGCUAGACUUACGCAUAGUGUUUUUAGAGUACAAGAGGAUAAACGGUCAGCUGAAAGGUCAUGCAACGUUCGUUACCGUAGACAUGUUUGUUUUUCACAAGCGUUGACUGCUCUGGUUAGUGGUUUAAUGGCGAGAUUGUGGUGUCAAAAACCUGAACCUGAAUUUCUGUAUGUAUUGUCUUCAAUUGGUUGUUUAGCCUCUUUUGAAUGUCUAUUGAGUUACUAUGGUAAUGAGAUUGACAUGUGGGGUGACAUGGCUAUUGCCAUUGAAGAUCUUGCCACUGUGAACUUCACCUUAUUACCAUUAUCGCAAGCUGUUAGAGAAAAUCCAAAAGAUGAAAUCAUGCCACGGAUUGUUGGCUCUAAGAACUCUUUAUGUGUUUUAUUACCAGUUCCUGAUUUAAUUCAAUCUUUACUGCCUUCUAAAAACAUUGCUCCAUUUCGGGUUACGCCUGUUUUUUUUAAUAUGGGUAUUAAUGAAAUGGCAACUAUUGCAGAAAACCUUGGAAAUACAAAACCACAGGAUAGCAGCAAUAUUGAUAAUUUUGAAAGAUUAAACGAAUUCUGUUCGAGAUACCGAAAACUUAAUUUAUCGAAUAAUGGUGAUUGUGAGCGACAAGGCACUUCUAUUGCAGAACUAAUGAGCAAUUUAAAAGAUUCAUUACAAAGCAGUAAGAGUAAAAAUGUAGAAAUACUACAAACAGCAGCUAUAGUUUGUCGCCGUUUAAAAGGUUUGAGAUUUACAAGUUGUAAAAGUGCCAAAGACCGAACUGGUAUGUCUGUUACACUCGAACAGUGUUCUAUUCUGAAUUUGGAAUAUGGACUUGCAGAAAGUGAAAUUCAAAGAGCAUUAGAUUGUAUGAGAAGUGAGGGGUGUAGGAGAGAAAAUGCAUACAAAAACACUGGUGUCAGAAAAUAUGCAUUUAACAGAUUGCAACACUUCACCUUACCACAAAUGUAUAGACCUCCAGCAGGUACUUAUGGAUCAAGCCAAACUUAA